AAAGUCUCUGAGGUCUGCACUGAUCAUCUCAUCUGAAUCCCAUCCGAUAAUAUGGAUCACUUUCUCUCUCUACUCCUCUUCUCUCUCCUCACCCUCUCCGUCGCGGCGGAGACCGCCGGCGAGGACCCGCUGAUCAGGCAGGUGGUUGGCGGUGGCGUCCUCUCCGACCACGACCACUUUACUCUUUUCAAGACCAAGUACGGCAAGUCGUACGCCUCCCAGGACGAGCACGACUACAGGUUCAAGGUGUUCAGGGCCAACCUCCGCCGCGCUAGGCGGCACCAGGAGCUCGACCCGUCGGCUUUCCACGGAGUGACGGAGUUCUCCGAUCUGACCCCUUCAGAGUUCAGGCGGAACUUCCUAGGACUCCGGAGCAAGCUCAGGUUGCCGAAGGAUGCGAAUCAGGCUCCGAUUCUCCCGACUGAUAGCCUCCCAGAGGAUUUCGAUUGGAGAGACCGCGGAGCUGUCACCGGCGUCAAAAAUCAGGGUUCGUGUGGAUCGUGCUGGAGUUUUAGCGCCACAGGAGCCCUGGAAGGUGCUCACUUCCUUGCUACUGGGGAUCUUGUCAGUCUCAGCGAGCAGCAGCUUGUGGACUGUGAUCACGAGUGUGAUCCUGAUGAACCAGGAUCAUGUGACUCUGGCUGCAACGGGGGCUUGAUGAAUAGCGCUUUUGAGUACACCCUCAAAGCCGGUGGUCUUAUGAGGGAGGAAGACUAUCCUUACACAGGCAAAGAUCGUGGGGCCUGCAAAUUUGACAAACCCAAGAUCGCAGCAUCAGUUGCAAACUUCAGUGUCGUCUCCCUCGAUGAAGACCAAAUUGCUGCAAAUCUUGUCCAAAAUGGUCCUCUUGCUGUGGCCAUCAAUGCAGUCUUCAUGCAGACGUAUAUCGGAGGAGUCUCGUGCCCAUACAUAUGCUCGAAGAGAUUAGACCACGGGGUCCUGUUGGUCGGGUACGGGGCAGCUGGUUACGCUCCAGUUAGAAUGAAGGACAAGCCCUACUGGAUAAUCAAGAACUCAUGGGGCGAGACCUGGGGUGAGAGCGGCUACUACAAGAUCUGCAGGGGCCGAAACGUGUGCGGGGUUGACUCUAUGGUGUCCACUGUUGCUGCAGUUCACACCGGUUCGCAUUGACAGUAGCAGGCUGAUUUUAUUACCAUCACUAUUAUUCACUGGGUGGUUUGGGUUCUCUGUAUAUAGGGCGCAUAUAAACGUAAUUAUUGAUACAGAACCUUGAUAUCGCUUGCUAUAGUUUGGUAAUUGUCGGACAGCGUACUCGGAUCAAUACAAUUACUAUGUUGGAAUAUGGUCUAGUAACUUAUUAUCGAAGACAAUUAUGUGUUUAUGCGGAA